AUGUCGGAUGAUGCAACGUUGGAGAUGAUUCUUGGACCAGAUACAAACGUUGAUCCCACGCUAUUGGCUUUCGAGACAGACCCCGGUCAGCAAAGUUGCGCGUGUCUUGCAAAUCUUUAUCUUUCGUUGGAAGAAAUCCGAAAAGCAGAUGACUUGCCCUUUACAUCUCGAUUAUCAGUCCUGCGGCAUUUGACAACCACAGCAGGAGGGAUUAUUCAGUGUCAAAUAUGUCCCACCAAGUUUCUCUGGGCGAUGCAGAACGCUCAGCUUCUAAACACUUUGAUCAUAUCCCUGGGAGAGGGGUACAAGAAGAUUGUGAAAUCUGUCGAGGACGAAACGAUACAGGCUGCAGAAGCCAAGGAAGCAAAGAUUGUAUCUAUUACCGAAGAUCAACAACCUGGCACGCCAGGAUUCCAAAUGAGCCUGGAUCCAGAAGAUUGGCAGAAUAUUGCAAACAAAGCCAUCAAAGCAGAGCUGUUUGGCACUAAACACUCCACAACGACGUCGUUUGUGGAAAUGCUGCAGUGGAUGGAGGAUAGACAGAAUGCAUGGCACUCAGGACAUACUCAUCUUCCGCCAGGGAUUGGGACUCGUAUGCAUCAUCAAAUGCAUGAGAAGGAACCGCAUUGUGUUUCGGUUGUGAAGCAUACGAGGGAUAUGACAUGGACAGCAGACGCUGGCUGCCUCUCAAGUGUUCUGGAGUUGAGCCUCAUUGGUGUGACCAGUAUUUACCUCACGAUGGAGGCCUCGACCUCGGUUAUGCUCACCAGUGAGAGCACGACGCAGAGCAAACAGCCCGACAACCUCUCACCCACAUCCCGUCCGCUGAUCUCAGGCAUGGAGUUAUCUCCCGAGAUCAACCAGGCUUCGGCUCGGGCCGUUGGAGGUCUGACUGGAAGCACUGCAUUGUCCAUCAACAGAAGCGAAUCAUACGUUAGUUCUGGAGCCACCUUUAUUGGUAAUGGCCAUCAACACAACGGCAAUCACACCCAGUACAACGACCAUUCACUCAACUUGGCUCCCACAUUCACUUUCAAUCUGAAUGUCUACCUUGACUCAGCGAUGCUGUGUUCUCUGGUGCAGUAUGGACCCCCACAUCUGUUGGAAAGGAAACGUACGACCGCCGGCCUGGGUAAUAUGCUGAUAUUGGCUCAGGUUGUCUGUCUGGCUUUGAUCUGUUCAAAGAUGCCAUAA